AUGAAUGUUCUUUUCUUCAUCCUCAAAUUCCUAUCUUUCUUUCUUCUAACUACCACUUCUUCCUUGUUCAUCAAACAAUCUCAAAUAAAUGCUGAAACCUAUCAAUCUGAUAGAAUAACUGAUUUACCAGAACAACCUUCAACACCAUCAGUUUCACACUUUUCAGGUUACAUCAAUGUCAAUGAAGAUCAUGGAAGAGCACUUUUUUAUUGGUUCUUUGAAGCUCAAUCUCAACCCUCUAAUAAGCCUCUUCUUCUUUGGCUCAAUGGAGGACCUGGAUGCUCGUCGAUUGGAUAUGGUGCUGCUGUCGAGAUAGGACCUCUUUUAGUCGAUAAAAAUGGCGAAGGACUAUUAUUCAACCCAUACUCUUGGAGUCAAGAAGCAAAUUUGUUAUUUGUGGAAUCUCCGGUUGGAGUUGGAUUUUCUUACACAAACACUUCUUCUGAUCUCACCAUUUUAGAGGAUCAUUUUGUUGCUGAAGAUACCUACAAUUUCUUGGUGAAUUGGCUACAAAGAUUUCCACAGUAUAAUUCCAAGGACUUUUUCAUCGCCGGAGAAAGCUAUGCAGGCCACUAUAUCCCUCAGCUUGCAGAGUUAAUCUUCGACAGAAACAAAGAUAGAAAUACAUACUCCUUUAUUAAUCUUAAAGGUUUUAUUGUAGGGAAUCCUGAAACUGAAAACUUCUAUGACUCAAAGGGCCUUCUAGAAUUUGCAUGGAGUCAUGCAGUUAUAUCAGAUGAGCACUAUGAGAAAGCAAAACAAGUUUGUGAUUUUAAACAAUCUCAAUGGUCUAAUGAAUGCAAUCAGGCCAUCAAUGAACUCUAUCAUUAUUACUCAGAAAUUGACAUAUACAACAUUUACGCACCGGCAUGUCUAUUAAAUACUACAUCCUCCGUAACAAAUAAUGUCGAUUAUAGGUUCCAGAGAAUGAGAAUUUUUGGAGGCUAUGAUCCUUGUUAUUCCUCCUAUGCAGAAGAAUAUUUCAAUAGAGUUGAUGUUCAAUCAUCUUUACAUGCAAAUACUAAAACUGAAAACAGUACCACAUCAUGGAAGGUUUGCAAUGCUUCCAUAUUGAGGACAUACAAUUUCUCUGUUUUUUCUGUCCUACCAAUCUACACCAAACUCAUUAAGGAUAGUGACCUUAAGAUAUGGAUUUACAGUGGUGAUGCAGAUGGUAGAAUACCUGUGAUGGGGACACGUUAUUGUAUUGAAGCUCUUGAAUUACCUCUAAAGUCUACUUGGAGGCCUUGGUACCAUAAUAAUCAGGUUGGAGGAAGGAUAGUGGAGUAUGAAGGAUUGACAUAUGUGACAAUAAGAGGAGCUGGACAUUUAGUGCCUCUAAACAAACCAACUGAGGCUUUAUCUCUUAUUCAUUCUUUUCUAACUGGAGAACAUCUUCCUACUACACGUUAA